GAACUGAUCCAAAAUGCUGACGAUGCCAACGCUACAGAGAUGGAGAUUAUUUAUGUGAACGACACCGAGGAGACAACGAGCGGACAGUACAAGCAGUGCGGAUGUUAUUCGGAAUAUUUCAGGGUGCCCGCCCUGUGUGUCAAUAACAACGCAGUGUUCAAAAAAGAUGAUUGGAAAUAUAUAAAAAGUAUCAACCGCAGUGGUUAAGCGUGAAGACGCUCUAAAAGUUGGCAGAUUUGGUCUCGGAUUCAAGUCUGUAUUCCACAUGACAGAUAACCCUGUCAUAAUCAGUGGUGACAAGCUGUUGAUUAUCGAUCCUUUCCGGACCAAAAAUAAACUUGGAAACGAUUGCCACACAUUGAAAUUCAAGAAACUUCAAAAAACUGUUCAGAAAAAACGACAUUACAAACAGGCUGUUGUUGCUAUGGAGACCUUGUAUGGUCAUUGUGGAUUUACAAAAGAAUCGUUGAAGAAUGAGUACCACGGUACCUUAUUUUGGUUUCCGUUACGCCGCUCUGCUUCAAAGUUGUCGACAAAAGUCUUUAAUCAUCGUGAUGUAAAAGAGCUGAUAACAAUGUUCAAGAAAGAAGCUCCGUGUCUGCCUCUUUUUCUGAAGAAUAUCACUCAAGUCUCAUUUCAUAACAAAGACGAGUUAAUCUCAUCAUUCUCGGUGACAUGCUCCGUGGAGGAAAAAAAAGAAAGAACGUCUUUUAACUUGAAAUUUGCGGCAUGUAAAGGUAGGUCACCCGAUAACGACAUGAAGGCAAUAUUUCCUGUCAACGUCACUGUUAAGGACGGAAAAGAAGUCAAAACGCAACGCUGGGUUGUGUGCAAUUAUGUAAAAGGCCUGAACAGUCUUUCCGGUGACCUCAGAACAUUGACAGAGGAUACACAACUGUCGUACAGUCCUUUCGUUGGAAUCGCUGCUCCCAUCGAUAACAGGUCGGACGCAACAUUUCAUGGACAUGUGUUUUGUUUCCUUCCUCUUCCGUCUACAGGUGAGAAUUACACAGGACUUCCCGUGCAUAUCAAUGGAUUCUUCGCCCUCAGUCAGGACAGACAUCACGUGAAAUGGCCUACCGACAACCAGCCUGAGCGUGAAGACGAGGCUCAGAGAUGGAACCGUUUUCUAUGUGAAGAAGUGAUUGUAGCUGCGUACACCGAUACACUAGAUUACAUGAAAAAACGCACAGUCAGACAAAAUUGCAUGGAGGCCGAUAACCUGGUAUAUAAAAUACUGCCAUCACGACAAAACGUUCGACCAAAUUGGAAUACCAUUGUCGAUCCCUUGUACAGGAGUUUGAAAACAAAAGACGUGUUUUACACUAAAAAUAAUGGUCGCAAAUGGGUUCAAUCAAAGGAUGCGAUAUUUUCUAUUUUGAAAUGGAAUGAAGAUAAAUCUAUCAAUGUCAGAGAGACAGAACAAUGUAUAGUCGAUCUUCUGCUGGAUUGUCAACGAAAUGUUGUCAAUGUUCCCUCUCACGUGGCAGACAUGUUUCCAGACGUGGCAAGGAUUACGCCGAAGUUUUUAAGAAAUGUCAUGAGAGAAAGACCCAUCUACACCAGAUAUCCAUCUGAACACAAAUUGGUGUUGCUGCAGUUUAUUUUAGCAGAUCGGCGAUACUCUGACCUCAGUGACCUUCAGUUGUUACCUUUAGAAGACGAGACAUUCCGUUCGUUUGACAAUGGAUAUCCUAACUACAUAUGCACGAAAGAUGAGAUGAAAAUAUUCCCAGGCAUUGAACAGAACUUUGUCAAGUUAGACAUAGCACAAACAAUACUGAGCCAUUUGAAUGAAAUGCAGACAGAAGGUAUAUUUGACCUGAGGAAUCUCAAUCAUGAGGAGUUUCCGAGUUUACUUAAAGAAACAUUGUCCGCAAAUGGAAAAUUAGGAGAAAAUGGAUGUUUUGGUAUUAUCACAAGUCAUAUUACAAUGAAAUGGCUCGACAAGGGUUUUGGAUAUAUCCGUCAGCAUGAAAUCCCUCUGGAAAAAGUCGAAAAUAUGUUCUUGGUUCCUGUAAUUGACGACUCAAGAUCCAAAAAUAAUUUGAAGCUAAUGCCGUUGAAGGGAAGAUACGUUGUCGCUAACUGUGACAGGAUGAACCGUCUGGACCAGACACUGAGUAAUGCUCUCUCAAACCUAACAUUUACAGUUCUUGAACACAUUCCGAAAGGUGAAACGCAUAUUGAGUUGAUGGGUACCUAUUGCAAAUAUCCAGACCUUGAAGGAAUCUUUGAACUUUUGGAAGGACUGCACGACGACUGUAAAGGAAGCAGGCAAUCACUUGAUACUACAGCCCUUCACUUCAACAAACGAUCUAAUCACAAGGAGAAAGCAGCUUUGCUGAACUUUCUGUCAAAAGAUUGUAAAGUUACCAGUCAAAAGGUUGAUAACAUAAUCAGACAAUUAGAUAUUUUCCCAGAAACGUCCAACGUUGACAACGACGUGAAGUAUACAUCAAUAUCAAAGAACGAGAGAAUUGCAUGCAGAAACUGCAUCCCAGUCAAAUAUCAUGCUCCUCUGCUACAUUUAAAGAUCCCACAGAAAAAUCUUGCUGAACGACUAGGAGCAACGGAAGUGUCGGAGGGGAAGAUAGUUGAGGAAAUCUUACGAGCAAUGGUCAACAGUUCAACUGGGUAUAAAAGGCCGAGCAUUGAACGUUUCAUGAAGUAUGUUCUAGAAAACCUGAUUACAUUUGGUGUUAAUCAAACCAGAAUACUUGAUUUGGGCUCCAGGAUCGAAUUCAUUGAGAUUUCGACUGCCAUGGAAAUUAAUGAAGUUGCACCGAUAGGACGAUUCUUUGACCACACUGAUAGAAAUCUUCAGGAGUUAUUUCAUUUUGACAAAAGCAAACUUCUUCCGACAAAUUAUCAAGAGAAGGCUCUAGAACCCGCUCUUAGAAAAUUUGGUCUAAAGUCAGAAAAGGAUGUUAAACCAGAGGAUGUCCAUCAUCUUGUCCAAAUACUAGAUCGGGAGUGCCGAAAAAAGGAACACGUAGACAAGAAAAAAAUAAACAAAUGUUCCUUGCAGGUGAUGAAACUCCUUGAGAAGAUGGCUUCGAAAUCGAGAAACAAUUUGGACAGUUUUCACCUAGAGGGAUACCGAUGGAUAACCUUCAUCAGAAAUAGGCCAUCUCAUUAUCCAGACAUACUGCCCUGGUACGGGGAUCAAUUUGAAUCACUUCUAUGUUCACCGGAAGAUAUCCUCUCAAACAAGCACGAGUCGCUAUCGGCAUCAGUUAAAUGCAUUGUUGAAACGCCCAACCAUCCCUACCUUGCGGAAAGAUACGGAUGGACCAAACCUCCUAGUGUCGAAAUAUGCUUAUUACAACUGGAAGCAGUGAAAAAGGUGUUUUGUAUUAAACACAAAGCAACGCUGAUGUUUAUGAUAAAAUGCAUCUAUCAGCAACUGUCUAAUCAUAUCGAGUCAUCGGUUGAGAGACUUAAGCUACCUUUGGAAAGGCUAAAGGCACAAGCAGUAGUUUGUACAGGAGAAGAAUUUCGUCUUCCAGAAGAAGUGUUUAUUUCCUUUCCGAAAAACGGGAACAUAGAUCUUAAAGCUUUUAUGCACAAACUGCCUGUCGAAUUUUCGGAAUUCUCCGCUAUGUUUGUAUUUCUUGGGUCAACAGCAGAACUCACAGUAAGUUCAUUUAAAUCCAUCCUAACAACGAUAAAAACAACAACUAGAACACCAACAACCAAGAGAGACAGAAAGAUCGCGAUACGCAUUCUGAAAUGUAUAGCAAGUCUUAAAGAUACGGAUACGUCACUCAAUGGUGUGCUAGUUCCUGUAAAAUCAGAUAAAGCCAGUUUGGACUUGUAUCCGGUAGAAGAAUGUACAUACUGUACAAUCAAGGAGUCGAGCUUGUUUGCUGACAUUGACGUAGACAGUAAUGUCAGAUACGUUCAUUCAGAUGUCAGUGCUGAAUUAGCUGAAUCUCUUGGUAUCCAAUCGUUCACUCGAAAAUAUAUGUCAGACGGAGGGAUGGAAGAAAUGUAUUCAGCGUGUGGACAGUCAGAACCUUUAACAACAAGGCUGAAACAUGUGUUGGAAAACUAUCCAGACGGAUUAGCAGUCUUAAAGGAGCUGGUACAGAACGCAGACGAUGCUGGAGCUCAACAUAUUUGUUUUCUUUAUGAUGAAAGGCAAAAUAAAAAUGCUAGAACUGGCUUGAUUGACGAAAACAUGGCAAAGUGCCAGGGUCCAGCAUUGUGGGCUUACAACAAUGCUGAAUUCACUGAAGUCGAUUUUCAAAAUAUUGUUAAACUUGGAGGAGAAACAAAAAAAGGAACAAAAACUAAAAUUGGCAAAUUUGGACUUGGAUUCUGCGCUGUUUACAACCUGACAGAUGUUCCAAGUUUCCUCAGUGGAAGUUCCCUGGUUAUACUUGAUCCACACACUACUUAUCUUGGGAAAGCCAUCAAGGACAAAAGCAGUCCAGGUAUAAGACUCAAUUUUACAGAAAAAAGCUCUGGUAUCCUGAAACUCAGAAGGAAUCAGUUCCGUCCAUAUAACAAAAUAUUUGGAUGCGAUUUGUCUGGAGACAUCUUUCCAUUGAAGUUCGAAGGAACGCUUUUUCGACUUCCUUUACGAACGAAGGAACAGGCUUUAAAGAGUGCUAUAAAAUGUACACCGUAUUGCAGAGAUGAUAUGGUAACACUUCUUCAUCUUCUAAAGGAUUGUGCUGGCAGCUUGUUGACAUUUACGCAGAACAUAAAGGAAAUAAAACUGUUUCAUCUCCCUGAAGACAGUGAAGAUCCAGCAAAUGAUAUUCAACUCAUUUUCAGCACAGACAAAACAGUAAGCAAAACCCAUCCGAUAUUCACCAACCCAGCUGACGUUAACGUCAUGAAGGAAGUGGAAAAGGCUUGUGGCACAAAACAAGCCUUUACAUACAUUGAACGGAUAUCAGUUAAGAUGCACAUGCCUAAAAAUAGAUUUCUAAGCGUUGAGAGAUCAUAUGUAAAAUCUUCGCCAUGGUUGGUUGCCUGGGCUUCAGGAACUGGUAGAGUACUACUUGAACAUUCAGUUCGUCUCGAAAGCGAGGGAGCUCUGCCUCUUGGAAGCAUUGCCGUUUCCUUGAAAAAAAAGAGCUUAGGUUUUACUGCGGUACCGUUCCCCUACAGAGAGAAACUACCUGGAUUCUAUAAUACGAGUCAUUUAUUUUGUUUUCUUCCUUUACCUGUCGAAUGCAAAACGCCAGUACAUAUAAACGGAUGUUUUGCCGUAAGCAGUGACAGGAAAGACUUAGUCAAGAGAACAAGCGACGAAAAAGGAGAAACAACGAGCCAGACCUGGAACAGAAUGCUCAUGUCCGACGCCGUAUGUAACGCGUACGUUUCGAUGUUGACCAGUUUGGAUCAGUUUGGAGUGUCUUCUGAACAUUACUCAUUACUUUGGCCAAUUAUAAAGGAAAACGAAAAAUAUGAAGGAAAGGCAUACUUGGCAGAGGCAUUUUGUAAAAAAGUCAUCAGUGGCGACCACAGAGUAUUUUAUAGAACAAGAGGACGCUGGGCUUCAUUUCGUGAUUGUGUUUUUCUUGACAAUGGUUUUCGUCAUAACAAGAAAGUUGGGAGCAUUGCCUUUGAGACUCUUCAACGUUUUUACCAGGGGGCAAACAUUCCUAUGGAUAUGUCAGAGCCUCUAUAUCAACAAUUUUGCACGGCCGGUUGUAAAGAGGAAUUAGGACAGCAGACGAUGACCAUGAAAACAUUCUAUGAGGAAAUUGUGUUUCCAAACAUAAAUCAAAUAGAUGGAAAGAAGCGAGAUGCGUUGGUGAUAUUUAUAUUAAAAGACGACCAACAUCAUUUGCAUCAGCUGUUGAAAUCAAAUCCAUGUAUUCCAGUUCGCCCUGAUGAUCGACUGAGAUUGCCACGUGAGCUUGUAAGACCGAAAUCUAAGGUAUCAGCGCUGUUCUGUAAUGGGGACGGCCGAUAUCCAUCUGACGUCAACCAGCUUUUUUGUUCAGAAAGCAUCCUUGAUAUUCUUGUGGAGUUGGGUAUGAUGGACAAGACAUUGUCAGGCGAACUAAUUUUGGAAAGAGCUACGUCUAUUGCGGAACUGUCUGAUCCGAAAGAGGCGUUGCGUCGCUGUCGAAAGUUGCUGGCUUAUCUUGAUCGGGAACAACAUAACUGUGGUCAAAUCAUCAAUGUUUUGAGUAGUAUAGCCUUCAUACCUUCUCUUCAGAAGCCUAGCCAUUGGCCUUUAUCAUGGGUUUCCACAAGUUCUGAUGAAGGAAAAGUGAAGUUUUGUCCACCAAAUCAAAUGUUUUUCCCAUCGCAAAUGUAUCAAAUAGCAUGUUCACAAUUGAUUGCUGAUACGGAAGGACUGAAUAGUGAGCUAAAAGUUAAAACACUCCUUCAGUUACUUGGAGUUAGAGUAAACGUAUCACAUAAUGACGUUGAAGCACAACUACUGGCUAUCAGCAAGGUGCGCUGUGAUGAUCUAUCCAACAUGCAAAGAUCCACUUUGCAUUCAAUAUGCCAUUCUGUAUACGAAUACUUGGACAGCUCACAAAAUAAACUAUUACGAAAAUACGACGACCUUCCUAUAAUAUGGAUGUCUAAUCGGCUAAUCCCUCCAAGCCACGCAACCCUAGAUACGUUUGAUGGAAUUGACUGUACACCAGCAAUAUACCAGCUGGGUAAGUCCGAAGUUACAAAAUACACACACUUUCUCAAAUGUGUUGGUGUUCAAGAAACGCUUACCAAAGAAAAUGUCAUUUCAGCACUUGCAAAGGUGCAAAAGGACAACAACAAAUCUCAGCGUUUGAAAAAUGUUAAACUUACGGUGAAUUUGUUACAAUUUCUCGUUCUGGUCUGUGAGCGAAUUGGAUCAAAAUUGGGUUCUGAUGAAAAAUCUCGCAUCUUUGUUCCAGACGAUGCAAAUGUUUUUCGAUUAGCAGACGAAUUGUGUGUAGAUGACGGGUAUACGUUCAAAAGGGAACACGUCAUGCAUUUCGUUAACAAGAAAAUAUCGGAAGAUAUUAGCAAGCUGCUGGACAUAAAAUCAAAGCGAGUGAAACACCUGAAUAGCAUUAAAGGUAGUAUGCCAUUUGGGCAAAAGGAGGAACUUGUGAAACGACUAAAAGGAAUUUUAGAAGGAUAUCCUCGGGAUGAGGCAAUUCUUUACGAAUUGUUACAAAAUGCAGAUGACGCAGGGGCAAAAGAAAUAAUGUUCAUCCAAGACAUGAGACAGCAUGAAGCAAAGAAAGGCAUAUUUGGUAAGACGUGGUCUGCCAUUCAAGGUCCAGCAUUAUGUGUUUUCAAUGAUUCUUGUUUUACUACUGAAGAUCUACAAGGCAUUUGUAAACUCGGUGAAGGGUCCAAAUCUCAAGACCCAACUAAGACUGGCCAGUUUGGUAUCGGGUUCAAUGUGGUUUAUCACUUGACAGACGCGCCUUCUUUUAUCACCAGAGGUCUAACAACACCAAAAAAGGGAACGUUUUGUAUGUUUGACCUGCACUGUAAAUUUUGCCCAGUUGCCGAAGAUAAUCCAGGAUUGCAGCUUCCUGACUUAAAGGAUCUCGAGGAGACAUAUCCAGGCGUGUAUGAAUGUUAUUUACAGAAGGAGUUUCCUCGGGAACAGGGUACAUGGUUUCGAUUUCCCUUACGAAACGAACAAAUGGCACGUGAGUCACUCAUAUGUAACAAACCAAUGCAUAGCGAACUAUUGAAGGAAUUACUUCAACAAUUCCGAGAAAACAUGAAGAAAUGCCUUUUGUUUUUGAGAAAUAUUAGAAAAAUUUCAUUAUGGGAAAUAGAUAACCAAGGAAAUAUCAUAAAAAAUUACACAGUGGAGUCAAGCUUGGAAAGAAACGAUGAACGUAAUCUAGGAAAGUUUUGCCAUAAGUGUGACACACUCACAAAAGCUUUGCAUGAUAGAUCAGUGGAUCUCCAAAAUAUCGAAAUGCAGACAGUCAAAUACAUCAUGACUAUACAGGAACAUUCACCUCAACCUGAGCGUUGGAUUAUAGCACAGACUUUUGGAUUAGACUCCAAAGCAAAGUUACCAGACAGUGUAAGUACAGCCUUCCAAUACGGCGACAUCGCUCUCACACCGAAAGGUGCAGUGGCUCUUCCGUAUACAUCACAGGAUAGGGAUAGGGAUGCUGGAGCUAGAACAGAGGCAGAAUAUGAUGAAAAGAGACUUAACACGCCUUUUCCCAAAUAUCACGACAGACAGGGGGUGGUUCAACUGUCACCGGCUGGUUCAAGCAGCGAGAAGUCAAAAGCCGAAGGUCAAGCAUUUUGUUUUCUACCUCUCCCCUUGAAAACAGGACUUCCAAUACAUAUGAAUGGUCAUUUUGCUCUUGUUCAAACGCGGGGAUCAUUGUGGGAGAAAUCACACAGAGGUGACUGGAAUAGAUUGCUCUUCAAAACAGCGAUAUCAAACAGCUAUGUCCUAGCUGUUGAAUACUUACGAGAUACAGUCUUCGGAAAUGGCAGAGAAAGGUUUACCAUGGACGAUAACAAAUCCAGUUUGGAAAAGUAUCACCAGGUAUUUCCACGGUAUGGGAAAGGAAAAAAUGAUCUUAUCAAAUGUAUGAUAACAUCAUUCUUUUCUAUCCUGUAUGAAAAGGAGUCUACUGUGUUCCCGGUGUUAUCACAAAAUGCAUCACAAAUAUGGUGGGUUGCUCUUCAAAAAAAACAUGAAUUCUAUGCUUACUUCGAUAAUUUACGUGACCAAUUCCAGCCAGCAAGUGAACCCAAUACAUACCGGUUUCGAAUACAAAGCAAAAAGGAGGCAGAAGAAAACAUUAUACGCGCUGCAAAAGAAGCACAUCAACUGUCCGAUACUCUGAAAGGUAUCGGCAUGAAACUGCUAGAAUCGCCACUGUGGAUAUUUGAAAGUAUGGUUCAGGCAUUGCAGAAAGCAGAUAACGUGUGCGGUGACCAAUUUAUGUCAGAGAAACAUUUGGUUCAUCCUUAUAUUGUCAUCCAGUUUUUAAGGACAGACACAACGUCACCGGAUGCUUGCCUGCUUAAACAUAUCAACUGUAGAGUAAUGAAAACCCCUGUCAAAAGUAUCGAAAACAUCGUGUGUCUACUGCGAUACUGCCUCAAAGAUUUGAACAAUUUCGUAAAACACAUAGAACAGCUUCCCCUAUUGGUGACAAAUGAUGCGAUCCUCAGAAGGUUUUCUCCAAAACAACCUGUGUUUCUGUCUCUGUUUUGUGAUCUUUUGCUAAAAUCAGCGAGAGAAUUUGUGCAUGGGAAUUUAGUCACUUUGUUACCUGCCACUCAGUUGCAAAAUGGCCAAUGUUUGAAAAGUCUUGACUUGAACAGUUUUUUCACAAAUGCUACCCCACAAUUUCGACAUGGCCACACUGUCAGGACAGACACCAAUACUGUGGGAUAAACAAACUUUAAGUGU